CAGCUUGUCGAUGAGCAUAUGCUGAAGGUGAAAGGAAUUGAAGCCGGCGAGCUGAAACGAUUCGAGGCCGAGAAAAUUCGGACAACCCCACACGCCAUCUGGAAACAGCAACGCUUUACCUCCCCUGAAGGUUGCGACUUCCGGUACCUGAAGGAGCAGCUCAGGCGGGCGAAAUACAAAGCUUUGCUGAAGGUAAAAUUACUCAACUGUUUUACUCUUGACGAAAUUGUUGUACUCUUGACCCAAACAUUUUACUCUUGACGCAACCAUUUUACUCUUGACUCAAACUUUUUACUCUUGACCCAACCGUUUUACUCUUGACCCAACCGUUUUACUCUUGACUCAAACUUUUUACUCUUGGCCCAACCGUUUUACUCUUGACUCAAACUUUUUACUCUUGACUCAAACUUUUUACUCUUGACUCAACCGUUAUACUCUUUGACACCAAGGCCUACAUUCUUUGCUAUCGGAUGCUGUUGGGAGUUGUAAAGAGAAGUGAUGCUGGUUACUGAACUUCCGCACACACACACACACACACACAAAUGGUAUAGAGACCAUUGAAAAACCCUCGCGUGGGUCAGACAACCCCAAUGGCUUCAGGGAUUCUUGGAUAUUUACGGGGUUAAAGGUUGUGACGUUAAAUAAAAAUAAAAAAAACUAGUUGGUAGCAGACCAAACAUGAAUUAUUUCUUUGCGUUAUUUACAUUUUUGCUAUUUUUGUUGCGCUAAUAAAACGAAAUAAACUUUAAAACUCAAAUGAGUUCCCGACGAAACGAACAAAAAAAAAAAACCGAACAAAAUAAAUAAAAGCCACAAGAAUAAAAACAGUAACAAACAAACAAAAAAUAAAAAAAUAAUUUUGAUACCCUGAAAUUCCAGACCGCCAAGAUUGCUGACAAACAUGACCAACUGGCCUUAAAAAGUUCAGGACUCUGUUCCAACCUCCUGCCCGUGUCGUCACUGAGACACGGCGACGAGGAUUCUGUGGCGGAGCCGGCCGGCGCCCCGGAUGCCGACGACAGCGAUACAGCCAGCGAGGAGUACUACUACAUCAGCGGCGAAGGAGGGUUUCUGGUGAAAAAGAGUCUCCCCGAGGUCAGAG